AUGGCCACCUCGAAUCGUCAGGUGAUACGCAUUCAACGAGAAUUAACAGCACUCGAACAGAAUCCAUUAAAUUUUAUUCAAAAUUUAGCAUUAUCGGUCAAUGAUGAAGGUCUUCAACAAAUCACCGGUGUAAUGUUAGGCCCAGAGAAGAGUCCAUAUACGGGUGGUUACUUUCGUUUUAUAAUAACGUUUCCCGCUGCAUAUCCAUUAAAACCACCUACCUUUGCAUUCGCCACGGCCAUCUGUCACCCAAACGUUCAUUCAGGCACUGGUCAAGCUUCAGAUGAUAUACUUUUUACUAUGUGGGCUCCCAGAAUAACAGUCAGCCAGGUGCUUGAAUCGAUACAUUCGCUAUUAUCUAAUCCAAAUUCUGAUACACCUAUUGAAGCAGAAAUGAUGCUGGACAAGAGUCCUGAAAAGGCUCGCGAGUGGACUCUAGCUUUUGCUCAAGGUCCAUGA